GGUCCUGCAGGUUGCUGCCAGUGUGGGACAUCGAACGGUCCUUGUGAGCCGCCACAUGGCUUCCUUGCUGAUUGCUUCGCUGAUCUUGGCCUUCUUAGGCUAUGCUUGGGUGAUCGGAGUGCUGCUGUGGAACUAUCCUUGGCUCCUCCAGCUGCUGCUGUUCACCACUGUGGCAGUUCUCUUCUUCGGUGGCUCGUUCGUGUGCUUCCUUUUCUAUCUCAUCCGAAUGAGACAUGAGAAGGGCGCCAUGCAACUUUUGCCGCCCCAGGCGACGCAGUUCCUGGAUCUAUCUAUUUUUGAGAUUGUUCAGGUGCUGAAUCGCUUGGUGAUGAGGCCACUGUACGACGUGGUCCGCGUGCUGCUGCUGAUCAAUGUAGACCUAGACGAGAAGACACGGAAGGAGAUCUUGGAGGAGAUGAGCCCCGAGUUCCGCCGCAGGGUCUUUCAAUGCACGCUCGCGCAGCUGCUGCCCAAGUCUGUUCAGAAGGUCGCCUUGGGCAAAGAGUACAAAGUGGUGGAGGUUGACGAAAAAGCCACCAUGCAGGACCUCUUUGGUGACAAGAUGGAGAUCGAGGACUGCCUCAGUCCCAAGCGGAGUGCAUCCCUCUCCGAUCUUCUCGACUUCAUGCGGUCCGUAGAAGGUGCUUCGCAGAAGACACGGCAGAGCUCAGUGUUACAGAAGAUCCUUGCCAGCAAAGUCUCCGAUGGCGCCUUGUGGACGAUGUCGCAGGGAGCGGUGCAUCAGUAUGAAAGCCACCUCAGUGGUCGGGUGCAUUACCUCCUGGAGAAGAUCAGCCACGAGCCGCGGCAACGUUUCCUGAAGCUGCCCUGGCGCAUUUUGCACUGGGAGGUGACCAUGGCCCAGUCAGUCUUGAAAUCGGCCGCCUCCCUCUUUGCAGAGCGUGAGCCCGCGGAGGAGGCCAAAAAGGAGAGCUGAGCCGAGCACCGUGGAUGCUGAUGGCACGUGGAGUCGACAUGCAGCAGAAGCCCCUUUGGAGGAGAAGCCAUGCCAGGCAGAAGAAGGGACGUAUUUUUGCUGAAUGUGUGCUUUACCUCCACCGGUCGUUAGCCCAGCCCAGCAGCUUGGUCCAACCGGGCAAAACCUUUGUUUCUUUCAGCCGCCCAACCGCUCGUUUCGGCGGGUUUCGGCCUUGUUUCAGUGCUCGCAGUCCGCAAGUGGUCGCUUGGAGGCUUAUUCAAUGAAGAGGCUUGUUUAGCACAUUUUACCCAUUUUCGCCGCAUAUCCCCGAGCAAAGGAGC